AUGCCGCCACGUCGGGGAGGCAAGAAGAAGCACGGCGCGCCGCGCCGUGCGCCACGACCAGCGUCGGAAGACGAGAGUGGUUAUAGUAGCGAGGAAGGGCCACACAUGCCGCGUGUCUUGGACAUGUCGGACGACGAGCCGGAGGCGCUGCAAGGCGACGACGAAGAGAUUGAUAGCGACGAGGCGUUUGGCGAUUCGGACGAUGAGCGCAUGUAUGCCGGGCACAGUGCGCGACGCAAAGAGGAACCGUCUGAUUUUGAGGAUGACGAAGGCGACGAUCUCGUUGCACUGAGCACCUUGCUCGACGGCGCAGCAGAUGAGGUGCAAGACGAGCAGGAAGAUGUGUCCGACGGGGAGGAUCUCGCGGAGCUCGUUGCGCAGCGCACAAAGCGCAACGCCGAAGACCUGCCAGUGAAGCCUGCGAAAAUGCAGCGCAUGGAGCGCACGGAGCUUGUGCCAGAGAGCGCCGAUGCGCUACACGCUGGCGGCCAGCUUGCGCUCGAGGACCUGAUGGCGAACGGCACGCUUUCUUCCCAGGUGCGUGCACUUGCAGAAACGCGUCGUAGUGAAUUGCAGCCGGUUGCGUCUCGCAAAGGCGGCGGUACGUUGCACGCGCCGUUGCCAGGAGUUGUGCAAGAGCGCAUGGACCGCCAAGCCGCAUACGCCCUCACCAAGGAAGAAGUACAGGGCUGGGCGCCGACGGUAAAGCGUCUGCGUGAGGCAGAGCACCUUUCGUUUCCAUUGCAGAAACCUGCGCAGCUACCAGCACCGUCGACGGCAGGCCUCACGGCGUCGUUUGCGCCAUCCAACGACAUGGAGCGCGACGUUGCCAACGUGCUGCAAGAGAGUGGCCUAACAGAGAAGCAGAUUGCUGAGCAGGAAGGCCUUGCACUCAAAGCGCUUGAUCCGCACGAAGCGGCAAAGCGGCAGUCGGAGCUGCGAUACAUGCGUGAGCUCAUGUUCCGUAUGGAGCAAAAGGCCAAGCGCGCGAAAAAGAUUAAGAGCAAGUCAUACCGCCGCGUGCACCGAAAAGAGCGCGAGCGACUACAGGGGCUUGCCGAGCUUGAGGACAAGAUGAACUCUGACGACGAGGAGGAGCGCGCAUUGAAAGCGGCUCAAGCACGGGCCAAGGAGCGCGCGACGUUGCGGCACAAGAAUACCGGGAAAUGGGCCAAAGCGCAUUUGGGCCGCAAUGACGAGUCGAGUGUUGAUGCGCGCCUUGCGCUUGAAGAGCAACUUCAGCGUGGGGACCAACUGCGCCAGCGAGUCCACGUAGAAGACUCGGAGAGCGACGAGGAGGAGGGCGAUAUCGACCCAGACGCGGCGUUUGACGAGCUACAAAACUUUGAGAAUGCAGAAGUUAGCCGCGAUCGUGCGCUAGAGGAGCAAAUUCAAGCGGCAGGCAAGCAAGGCAAGGUAUUUCAGAUGAAGUUUAUGAAAGACGCGCGCGAUCGGCAAGCGCGAAGCAUCUAUGCAUCUGUCGACGAGCUGCACGAUGCACUCGAGCGCGAAGAAGAGAGCGACGGCGCGGAAGAGAAUAUAGUGCGCCUUGGGCGUUCGGGACGUGCCGUGUACGGGCCUGGAAAAAAGCAGACCACUCGCGACGAAAGCAGUGAGGACGUGGACGAUACCACCCAAUUUUCACGCAGCACCGCUGCGCCGUGCAAAGAGAAGCCACCGCAUAGUGAGCCUGCUGCCGAGCCGGUUCUUAAUCCAUGGCUCGCUGACGAAGCCUCACAUACAUUUUCCAAAAAGCGCAACACAGUGCUUGUCGGCAAGGACAGUCACGCAGCCACUCUUGCUGCACACCGUCAGGCACGGCACAAGGCGCGAUCCGACGAGGCGCGCGAGGCUGAUGUGGACGAUGCGACAUUGGAGAUUGAUCCAAGUGCGCACAUGACGCGGGAAGAGAGCGACGAGGAGCCCGUCGAAGUCGUGCACCAACAUAAGCGCGGCAAGCGAGGGCAGAGGAAAACGGGAACUACGAUGCUACCUGUACAGAAUCGUGCACUGGUUGCCGAGGCAUUUGCCGGAGAUGACGUCGCUCUUGAAUUUGCCAAGCAAAAACGCGCGUCGGUGCGCGCAGAAGCGCCGAAACAACUAGACAUGACUCUGCCCGGAUGGGGCGCAUGGGGCGGCAAAGGCGCGCGACGCAAGCCCAAACAAAGUGAGCAUGUAAGGCGUACCACCGGCCUUGAUCCAAGCAAGCGUAAGGACCGCGAGAUGGACCAUGUAUUGAUUAACGAGCGCGUGGACAAGAAAGCGGAAAAGUACAAGGCAAAGGACCUGCCUUUCCCGUACACAAGCGCAAGUCAGUACGAGGCUGCGAUGCGCACACCACUGGGUUCCGAGUGGAAUACGCGCACACAACACCAGCGCCUCACGUUGCCGCGCGUCGCAACCAAGUUGGGCCAGCGCAUCGACCCGAUCCAGCGGAAAUUUUAA